GACAUUAUUUUGUUUCCCUGUUUGUUAUAGAGUUUGAGCAGCAAAAAGAAGCUAACCCCAAAAUGGAUGAUCUUUGGAGUAUAAUUUGCUUUAGUGUGUUCCUGCUAAUAAUCAUGUUUGCAUUCAUCAUCAUGAUCCUAAAGACUUCUUCAAGAAGACCCUUUUGGAGUCUGGUAAGAUAUUCAAACUUGCAACUGGUAUCUGCCAUAACAAUUAUCUUUAUUGGUCUGCUGCGUUUAUCGUUAGGAAUUAACGGAUGGUGGAUCGAUCUCUUUCAUGGAUUCACAUGGUUGUUAGUAAGUUUAAUUGUAAGUCUUCAGAUAAAACAACUCACAAGAGCAUGGUUGUGGAUGUUUUCUUUUUUCAUGUUCUUUGUUUCUGGUGUAUUAUGUUCUUUAUCCAUGUCUUCUUAUGCAAUCGGUAGUAGCGAACUCUCCUUCAAUGCAGCUUUAGAUGUUUUAUCUUUUUCAGGAGCAACUUUACUUCUGUUAUGCACAUACCAAGUGUGUACGGGUAAAUCCAUUGAUGAAAGCUUUUAUGCUCCAUUAAAUGGUCAGAUCAACGAAGUUGAUCCUGUUAGCAAUAUAACCCCAUUUUCGAAGGCUGGAUUCUUCAGUAAGAUUUCGUUUUGGUGGUUAAAUCCAUUGAUGAAAAGGGGUCAAGAGAAAACACUUGUAGACGAGGAUAUCCCGAAGUUAAGAGAGUUUGACCGUGCAAAAAGUUGUUAUUUGUCAUUUGUAGAACAGUUAAACAAACAAAAACAACAUGAAUCAUCAUUAUAUUCGUCGGUCUUUUGGACAAUAAUUUUGUGCUACCAGAGAGAGAUUUUGAUAACAGGACUCUUUGCUUUGCUCAAGGUACUUGCUCUAACUUCUGGUCCUCUAUUUCUGAAUGAAUUUAUAUCGGUUGCUGAAGGCAAUACAAGUUUCAAUUAUCAGGGUUAUAUAUUAGCGAUAUCACUCUUCUUUAUAAAGAUCAUUGGAUCCGUAUCACAAAGACAAUGGUAUUUCCGGAGUAGACUUGUUGGGAUGAAAGUUAGAUCACUACUUAAUGCAUCCAUUUAUAAAAAAAUAUUAAGGUUGUCCAAUUCUGCUAGAUUGAUUCACUCUAGUGGUGAGAUAAUCAAUUAUAUAAUCGUAGAUGCUUAUAGAAUUGGAGAAUUUCCGGUUUGGUUUCACCAGACUUGGACAACAAGCCUCCAACUGUGUAUUGCAUUAGUAAUUCUUUUCCGCACAAUUGGACUAGCAAUUCUAGCAUCAUUGGCAAUGAUAAUUCUCACUAUGCUUUGCAAUGCUCGCCUAGCCAAGUUAGAGCACAAGUUUCAAAGGCAACUUAUGGUGGCACAAGAUGAGAGAUUAAAGGCUAGUUUUGAGUCUUUUGUUACUAUGAAAGUGUUGAAGUUAUAUGCAUGGGAAACACAUUUUAAAAAUGUUGUAUAUUACUUACGAAAUGUGGAACUCAAAUUGCUAUCAGCAGUGCAGUUAAGAAAGGCGUUCUCUGUCUUUAUCGUUUGGACAUCACCAUUGUUGGUAUCUGCUGCUUCUUUUCUAGCAUGUUAUUUUCUGAAAGUUCCUUUGCAUGCAAGUAAUGUUUUCACUAUUGUGGCAACUUUGCGUCUCAUUCAAGAACCAAUUUCAAGCAUCCCAGAUGUUAUUGCAGUGAUCAUUGAGGCAAAAGUUGCGUUCUCUCGGAUUGUUAAUUUCCUUGAGGCACCGGAACUGCAGAGAGAAAAUUUCAAGAAAAAAUGCUUCAAUGAUAACCUUAAAGGCUCAAUUUCAAUAAAAUGUUCUGACUUUUCAUGGGAAGGUAAUGCAUCAAAACCAACACUAAGGAACAUAAGUAUGGAGGUUAGACAUGGGCAAAAGGUGGCUAUUUGUGGAGAAGUUGGCUCAGGAAAAUCAACUCUCAUUGCAACAAUUCUUGGAGAAGUUUCAAAAACAAAGGGAACGAUUGACGUUCAAGGGAAGUUUGCGUAUGUUUCUCAAACAGCAUGGAUACAAACAGGAACAGUACGUGAAAAUAUUUUGUUUGGAUCUGAGUUGGAUGAUCAAAGAUAUCAAGAGACACUUCAAAAGUCUUCACUGGUAAAGGACCUUGAGUUGCUUCCCUAUGGUGACCUCACUGAAAUAGGUGAGAGAGGAGUUAAUUUAAGUGGAGGUCAAAAGCAGCGAAUUCAACUUGCUCGUGCUCUUUAUCAGAAUGCUGAUAUAUAUCUAUUAGAUGAUCCAUUUAGUGCUGUUGAUGCGCAUACUGCGAAAAAUUUGUUUAAUGAAUACAUCAUGGAAGGACUCAAAGGGAAAACACUCAUACUUGUUACUCAUCAAGUUGACUUCCUCCCAGCCUUUGAUUCUAUUUUGUUGAUGUCUAAUGGGGAAAUCCUACAAUCUGGUCCAUAUCACCAACUAAUGACCUCAAGCCAAGAAUUCAAUAACCUUGUCAAUGCUCGCAAAGAGACUGCUGGUUCUGACCUACUUGCAAGUGCUACUUUUUCCGAAAGACAUUCAACUUCCAUAAAGAGUAUGCAAGCUUCGGUGUUGAAGCAGUAUAAAGCACCAAAUGGAAAUCAAUUGAUUCAUCAAGAAGAGAGAGAGAAAGGCGACACAGGAUUGAAGCCUUACUUACAAUAUCUGAAUCAGAUGAAAGGCUAUAUAUUAUUCUCUACGGCUUUUCUUUGUCACCUUAUUUUUGUGUUUUGUCAGAUAUUGCAAAACUCGUGGAUGGCUUCUAAUGUUGACAAUCCCCUUGUCAGCACAUUGCGAUUGAUUUUAGUUCAUCUCCUUAUCGGUGGUUUUUCAACAGUUUUUUUGUUCAUCAGAUGUCUACUUAUAGUUACUUUGGGUCUUAAAUCAUCAAAAGAUUUAUUUUCACAACUGAUGAAUUCCCUCUUUCAUGCACCUAUGUCAUUUUAUGAUUCAACACCAUUGGGAAGGAUACUUAGUAGGGUCUCGUCUGAUCUAAGCAUUAUGGAUCUUGACCUGCCCUUUAGCCUCAGUUAUUCAAUGGGAGCCACUAUAAAUUUUUAUUCUAGUCUUACAGUUUUAGCAGUUGUCACAUGGCAAGUCUUAAUUGUCGCUAUACCAAUGGUUUAUGUAGUUAUUCGCAUGCAGAGAUACUACAUUGCCUCUGAAAAAGAAGUAAUGAGGAUGAAUGGCACCACAAAGUCGUCAUUAGCUAAUCAUGUAAAUGAAACUGUUGCUGGAGCUGCAACUAUAAGGGCUUUUGAGGAGGAAGAUUGUUUUUUUGAGAAAAACCUUGACCUAAUUGAUAUAAAUGCUAGUGCUUUUUUCCAUAGUUUUUCCUCAAAAGAGUGGUUGAUCCAACGGUUAGAAAUAAUCAGUGCAGUUGUUCUUACCACUGGAGCACUUUGCAUGGUUAUGCUCCCUCCUGGAACAUUCACCUCAGGAAUUAUUGGCAUGGCUUUAUCCUACGGCCUUUCACUAAACAAUUCCUUAGUAUUUUCAAUUCAAAAUCAAUGCACUCUUGCGAAUCACAUAAUAUCAGUAGAGAGAUUAAAUCAAUAUAUGCAUAUACAAAGCGAGGCCAAGGAAACUGUAGAAGGUAAUCGUCCUCCUCUGAAUUGGCCAGUUGCAGGCAAAGUAAAAAUAAACGACUUAAAGAUACGAUACAGGCCUGACGGACCACUUGUACUUGACGGGAUCACAUGCACGUUUACAGCAGGGCACAAGAUUGGUAUUGUUGGAAGAACAGGAAGUGGGAAAUCCACUCUUAUUAGUGCUUUAUUUCGUCUAGUGGAACCAGCAGGAGGGAAAAUUAUAGUUGAUGGACUAGACAUAUCAUCUAUUGGCCUUCAAGAUUUGAGGUCGCGUUUUGCGAUUAUACCUCAGGAUCCUACCCUAUUCAAUGGGACUGUAAAAUAUAACUUGGAUCCUUUAUCUCAACACACUGAUCAAGAGAUAUGGGAGGUUCUUGGGAAGUGUCAGUUGCGAGAAGUUGUCCAAGGGAAAGAAGAGGGUUUAAACUCCUCAGUUGUUGAAGGUGGAUCAAAUUGGAGCAUGGGACAAAGACAGUUAUUUUGUUUAGCGCGCGCUCUUUUGAGGAGAAGUAGGAUAUUGGUGUUGGAUGAAGCAACUGCAUCAGUUGAUAAUUCUACAGAUCUGAUUCUGCAAAAAAUCAUUAGGGCUGAGUUUGCAGAUUGUACAGUGAUCACAGUAGCACACAGGAUACCAACUGUGAUGGAUUGCAAUAUGGUUCUUUCUAUAAGUGAUGGAAAAUUGGCUGAGUAUGAUGAGCCCACAAACUUGAUGAAGAGAGAAGAAUCGUUGUUCAGGAAACUUGUCAAGGAAUAUCGCUCUUACGUUCAGUCUACCAAAUCGGAUUGAUGUCAAAUUUACCAAUCUUGUGUUUCUAUGUUGACUAAAAUUAUAUCCAUAGUUGCAUGAGUUUCAGCAUCAGCUGCUGCAAAUUCACAAAAAGAUGAGAAAAAUGUCACUUGAAAAGCCCUAUGUACUUUGUAGGCCGACACCAUAACCUAUGCUUAUUGUCACUUGCUUUGUAUAGGUCAUCGGCACUUGAAAAUACUUUCAACAGGUGUGAUGCGUGCACAAAAUGACAGCUAACAUUGCUCAUGCUAAAGUAUUGAAGUUGUGAAAUUACGAAGUUGAAGAAUUCAGUUUCAAAAGCUCCAGACGAAGACACCAAAGUCUCAUUAGAUUGUAUAGAUGAAGUGAUAAUGAAGCAGAAGAAGAAAGUGUGCAGUAUUAGCAUGAGCAUCUUGUUCGUCUGCAUUGUGUUUAUGAUGAUGGUUUGUUGUGUAUGACUAUCGACUUCCAUGUGCAUCUCAUCAACAUUGAGUUGAAGAAGAGCGUCAAUCCAAGUCAAUGCCAUUGUCAAACUGAAUAAUAGAGACAAAAGUUGAGACUGCAAUUAAGGAUUGAUACCUCAAAGAUAAGGGUUCAGUAUAUGAUUGAUACAUUCAAUUACGGACCAAUAUAGUGAAGAAUCAUAUAUCCUUAUCUGUAUGCUGAAGGUGAAUAUGGAGCAUUGGCAGGUGCAAGGCAGAAUUGAAGCAGAAUGAAGCGCAACAUUGGUUAUGCAAGGAAUUGAUGCACAUAUUAUAAUUAAAGAAGUUGAAAUACAUGCUUUAUGUAAAAGAAUUUACUUCCAUUGGGCAUAAAAAAAAAUAUUGAGAAAGUAUGAGUUUCUUGGUGCUACUGUCAAAACACAAGCAGUUAGCAAAAUGAGUGAGUCAAGUGGAUAUAUGAUGUUAAGAAUGAAACCAAUAUUGCCAAAUGGUUGCAGCAGAAAUUGCAAUAGCAGUAGUUGUAAAGAAAAGAAAUGAAAGGUAUCGAGAUUCGGAGCUAUUGACUCACUUAACAAGAAUUUACACGGCUCUAGAGAUCCCUCUAAUGCUCACUUGCAUUUCUCUCUAUGAUCUAAAAAAUAGUCACAAGUUGUUAUGAUAUCAAACUAGCAUCAAACCUAGACUUAUAUAGCUAACCGUUCGAACUAUAUCAGUUAGGUAUACACAGUUGUAACCAACCUCUUGUACUAAUGAGGUGUAUUCAUACAAUUUAUUGUCCCAUCACAAUAAUGUAUCUUACUCAUAAGGCUCAACCCAAGACAAAGUAGAAAAGCAAAAUGAAUGCAGAAAUAUCACUAAUAUACUAAAA